GAGGCGACGCGCUCCUCCCUCCCGCCUCUGCGUCGGCACGGCAACGUCGAGCGCGACUGCGCGAGGGCGAGGCGGCGGCGAGAGCCCACCACCGGCGCGGGGCAUGGCCGGACAGCAGCAGGGCACGGAGGACGACUUCUUCGACCAGUUCUUCUCGCUGGCCAACUCCUUCCCGGGCGCCGCGGCCGGCGGCCGCCCCGCCGGCGACCAGCCCUUCUCCCUGGCCCUCAGCCUCGACGCCGCCGCGGCGGCCGAGGCGUCGGGGAGCGGGAAGAAGCUCGGGGUCGGCGAUGACGCCGAGGGAGGCGGGAGCAAGGCGGUGAGUGAGCGCACAAUCCUCUCGGAGCGGGAGACCGUGCAGCUCCCCGGACUCUUCCCGCCGGUGUUCGGCGGCGGCGUGCAGCCCCCGCACCUACGCCCCAGCCCGCCUGCCCAGGUGUUCCACGCGCAGCAGUCUAAGCAGGGCGGAGCAGCAGUCGGGCCGCAGCCGCCGGCGCCGAGGCCGAAGGUGCGAGCACGGCGUGGGCAGGCGACUGACCCACACAGCAUCGCGGAGAGGGUUCAGAACUUGAUACGUGGCUCCUAUUCUUCGCGUUUGAAAUUGUCUCAUGCUAGGAGCGAGUCACUGGAUCAGUUCUGUUGUAAUGUGAGUGCAAUAAUGCAUUCUCUUGUUAGGCAAGUUGGAUCAAUUGGAACUUUAGAAUUAUGGUGGCUGGCUAUUUGGUGGAGGUAUAAUUUCCUUAAGCUAAGAAGAGAGAGAAUAGCAGAAAGGAUGCGGGCCCUACAGGAAUUGGUCCCCAAUACAAACAAGACAGAUAGGGCAGCUAUGCUAGAUGAGAUCCUUGAUUAUGUGAAAUUCCUGAGGCUUCAAGUAAAGGUUUUAAGCAUGAGCAGGCUGGGUGGUGCUGGCGCUGUUGCGCAGCUGGUUGCUGAUAUUCCUCUUUCAGUUAAGGGGGAAGCAAGCGAUAGUGGGGGCGACCAACAGAUUUGGGAAAAGUGGUCAACGGAUGGCACAGAAAGGCAGGUAGCGAAGCUGAUGGAAGAAGACAUUGGGGCAGCAAUGCAAUUUCUCCAAUCCAAAGCACUCUGCAUGAUGCCAAUCUCACUCGCCAUGGCAAUCUAUGACACACAACAUACACAGGAUGGACAACCAGUGAAGCAUGAACCCAACACUCCUUCCUAGUAUAGUAAUAGCAACUGUAACAUGCAUCACUAAACCUACUAGUAGACAUCAACCUAUCAAAGUGUAAGAUAAAACCACUCGUUUUGAUUCACUAACAAGGAGGCAGGAAAAGACCUAAGAGAUCCUCUCCA